AUGGAUCAAAGGCUGGAUUCACUUGUUAAACUCUUUACCCAAAAUCAAAUUUUUGCAGUCAACUCUCAAUUUCCUGUAGUCUGCGAUACUUGUGGCGGACCUCAUAGUGCCGAUAAAUGUGAGGCUAUGGUUACUAUAAACCCAUCCCAGGUGAAUUCUCUUUGGAAAGGCCAACGAAGGGAGAGUAAUCCUUAUAGUAACACUUAUAAUCCUGGCUGGAGAAACCAUUCUGCACUGUCAUAUAAUCAAGGUGGACCACAACAAGCUAAUCUGGGAAUUCAACCAGAACAAUCUAGUCAAAAGGCAGCUUGGGAAAUUGCAUUCGAGAAGAUGGCUCAAUCUCAAGCAAAUUUCGCAGAAGAAACGAAAGCAUCUUUUAAGAAUCAAGAAGCUUCCAUAAAGAAUCUGGAAACUCAGAUUGGUCAGCUUGCUAAACAGAUGGCUGAGAGGCCUCUAGGAACCUUUCCUAGUAAUACAAAUCUCAAUUCCAAGGAACAAUGCAAUGCCAUCACUACAAGGAGUGGAAUAGUAAUUCAACCUGUGGGAAAAUCAAUAGCCGCACCUAGUAGUGAUAAAGAUGCAGAUGAGGAAAAUCCUACUGAAGAGAAAGCUGAUGACCGUGUUGAUAAAGAUGUCACAAUUUUUGGAGGACUGUUAAAUGAUACCCCGCGUAAUAAAGUAAUAAAGAAGCUUUCUUUAGAGGAAAGGAUGAAAUCACUUGGAGACAAUCCUUAUGUUAAGGCUCCUUAUCCUCAGAGGUUACAGCAGCACGAGCAGAAGAAAAAUUUCUCUAAAUUCUUGGAAAUUUUUAAGAAGCUGCACAUUAAUAUCCCAUUCGCAGAAGCUUUAGAGCAAAUGCCAUCAUAUGCUAAGUUUCUAAAAGAGAUCCUAACCAAGAAGUGGAAACUCAUAGUAGAGGGAUCCAUUAUCUUGACAGAGGAGUGUAGUGCAAUCACGCAGAAGAAUUUACCUCUGAAAUUAAAGGAUCCAGGGAGUUGUAGCAUGCCUUACACGAUUGGCUCGAUGACAAUAGAGAAAGUUUUGUGUGAUUUAGGUGUCAACAUCAACGUAAUGCCAUUAUCUAUGAUGAAGAAGCUGGGAAUCACAGAAGUGAAGGCGAUCAAUAUGAUUCUGCAACUGGCCGACCGCUCCACCAAGCAAGCAUAUGGAGUAAUAGAGGACAUAUUAGUUAAGGUGGACAAGUUCAUCUUCCCGAUGGACUUUGCUAUCUUGGAUAUAGAGGAGGACGCUACUGUUCCCAUGAUCUUUGGGAGACCUUUCUUUGCGACCUCCAGAGCACUGAUUGAUAUGCCUAAAGGUGAAUUGAUCUUAAGGAUUGUGAUCUGCCUUGAGUUGGACUUAGGCUGUGAGAGCUUGUGGUAUUUGGAUAGCGAGCUUGAGGUUCAGGUAAUGGUGGUGCUGAGACUUCUAGUGGCAGGAGGCCAGAGCUUAGUUGAUUAUGCUGUUUAUUAUGCUGAUAUGUGGAUGUUGGAUUUAUGUGCUGCUGAUCAUGGUUUAGCUUCAGUUUAUGUUUUGGAGUAUUAUAUUGAGACUCUGCUUUAG